GCACAGUGAAUAGGCGUCACUUUUUCAACCAAUGAGAGAGGGCGGUGUAUCACACGGAACUAACACAGUUCUGAACGGGUCACAGAAGUAACGUUAGACAUCUGUAACUCUGCAGUAAUGCCGUUCAUUGAUUUAGAGACCAAUUUACCAGCAAAUAAGUUUUCAGAGGAUUUUCUGAAAAAGCUAUGCUCAACUACGGCUUCAGCAUUAGGAAAACCGGAAGACAGGAUGAACUUGGUGGUUAAGGCUGACCUACCGAUGCUGAUCGCAGGAUCGUGCUCCCCGUGUGUGAUGCUGUCCGUGUCGGCCAUCGGUGUGACUGACACUGCGGAGAAAAAUAAGGAGCACAGCGCCAAAAUCUUCCAGUUUCUGUCAAAGGAACUUGAACUUGGCGAAGAUCGUAUUGUUAUCAGGUUCUACCCUCUGGAGCCCUGGCAGGUUGGAAAGAAGGGAACAGUGAUGACCUUUCUAUAAGACUCGUCAUACUUUCAUUGAAACAAUUUCUUUUGAAAUGUUUGGGACUAUGUAGGCUAAAAGGUCAUGAUUCAUCAUGUCAGUGUGUAUGUUACAUAUAUUUUCCAUUAAAACCUUUUUAUUUGGUUUUAUGUUAUAUAUUUUUUAAAAUACAACUCACAUGCACCUUACCUUUAAAUACCUCAAUAGCAUGAUAUGCAGUGGGUAAGAGGCACACGGAUGUGUCCUGGAAAAAUACGAUUACAUGUUGAUGCUUAGUCAACUUUUUCACCUUGUCUGAUCAAUCCGAGCACAUGAAUACCAUCUAGUCACUAUUAUACGGUACACCUUACUAAACUAAUAGUCUAGAUUGUGGCUUUUGCUUUGUUUUGUUUUUUUGUAAAUUUUAAUUUAGAAAUAUCAGUUGGACAAUGUCUUUUACUUAUAAAUAAUAAUGUGACAAUGACUAGCAUACUCUGUUAAAACACAAACGUGAUGUGAUUUGUUUCUGUAUUUAUAAAACAAGAGUAAAGAGGUUUGCUUUAA